GCGUGUGGCGCGCCAUGCUCGCCUGCUGGAGGUUCUGGACGCCCGGCUCGCGCGCCGUGGCCAGCGCGCCGGUCGACGACGACGCGCAGCUGAACGGCGAGGAGCGCCUCUGCGCCCCCCUGGCGGACCUGCCGUGGACCGACGACGCAGAGCUGUCGCCGCCGUCGCUGGUCGGCUCGCUGCUGCCAUGCGUCAUCUGCAACCGCACCUUCCUGCCGGAGGCGCUGGCGCGUCACCAGCACAUCUGCCAGAAGACGGCCAACAAGAAGCGCAACGUCUUCAGCUCGUCCAAACAGCGGCUGCAGGGCACGGGCAUCGACCCGGACGAUGUGCACCGGUCACCGUCGCCGCCGCUGCGCCGCCGCUCGGCCUCGCGCUCCUCGUGGCGAGACAAGCACACGCAGCUGCUGAACACGGUCCGCUCGGCGAGGGGCGCCGCGUCCGCCGCGCCCACCGUCACUGUGCCCGCCGACUACGAACAGUGCCCCUUCUGCGCCAGGCACUUCGGCCCGAAGGCGGCCGACCGCCACAUCAGCUGGUGUAAGGAGCAGAAGUCGCGCAUCACGACCAGCGCCUCCACGGCCGUCGCCAAGGGCCGGCUGGACGCCCGCGUCAAGUACCAGGCGCCGCUGCCGCUCCGGCCGCGGCCCAAGCGCGUCUCUGGCGAGAGGCUCAGCCGCGAGUCGUCGCCGGCCGUCUCGGUAGCCAGCUCGGCGGCUCCUGCUCCGGCUCCGGCCCCGGCUCCGGCUUCGGCCGUCCGCUCGCCCAGCCGGCCCACACGAGACUACGCCAAGGAGUACCGAGAGCGGGCCUCGCAGGAGCGCGAGCAGCGGAUACAGGAGCGCAAGCGGAGUCCGGCCACAGCCGCCGUCGGCUCCGGAUACGGACAGAAGCCGCUGGCGAGCCGCUUCAGUCGGGAAGGCUCGGAGCCGCGCACCAUCACCACCAGUCCGCCCAAGGAGUCGUUCCGGCGCACCCAAUCAUUCCGGACCCGCCCGGGCGCCGCCCGCGGCAGCCUCAAACACCAGAGGACGGCCGGCUCGCUGGGGAAGUCGUCGGCGCAGCAGCAUCAGCAGCAUCAGCAGCAGCAGCUCCAGCAGCAGCAGCAGCAGCAGCAGCAGCAGCAGCAGCGUGACGAGCCUGACGGUGGCGAGGACGUACAGCCCGACCCCCGUGGUGGCUACCACCGCUCGGUCAGCAGCCCGGCCGAGAGAGCCGCCAGCCCGCCGCGGCCGGGCGCCAGCUUCUCUGCGGCCGACCCGGACGCCGGCGAGCGGCCGCCGCCGUCGCCCUCGCCACCCCUGCCGCCCCCGCCGCCCUCCGACGAGGCCUACAUCACGCGCUCCCAGCUGGACGAGUACCAGCGACUGAACGAUGCCGUCAAGCACCGCGGCGGCCUGAGCGCGGCCGGCGAGAGCCCCGAGCCGCCGGCCGACGGCGCCGACCCAGCGCCCGUCUGGAGCGAGCCGCCCUGGCGCCCGAUCGCCGACAGCCACCGCAGCUCCAACCGGUCCAGCGUGGAGCGCAACGGCGACAGCGCGGAGCUGCAGUUGGGCGGCCCGCCGCUGGAGGGCGGCGACCGCGACUGCAGCCCGUCCGACAGCCUGUACGAGGCCGAGAUGCCCGACUUCGACCUGAUCAUGGCGCAGGCGCGGCGCGCCUCCGAACGCAAGAGCAGUGUCCUCUCGCCGCGCAAGGCGCGCAUGCGCGGCCUCGACAUGCACCAGAUGAUGGGCGUCGAGGUGGCCGACCUGAACCUCAAGAACGGCGGCGGCUCGGCCACGCCGCGCUUCUGCCACGAGUGUGGCAGCCAGUACCCGGUGCAGGCGGCCCGGUUCUGCUGCCAGUGCGGCGCCCAGCGGCUCUGCAUCUGAGUGGCGCGCGCUGGAACGCCGGUGGGCGCGGGGGGCGGUCCGCGGCCGCCGGCGCGUUACGUGCACGGAACAUUCGCCGCCACGGCGUGUCUGUAGCUACCAGUGCCUUGGCUUCGCGGCGCGCAACCAGUCUGUGAAGAAGUGAACCAUGGCCGUCCAGCAGAGAUCUUCAUAUUUACACCAGAUGCCAAUGUCUGCGAGUGGUGUGCGUCGGGGUGCGUGGACGCGGCGCGGCGGCAGCGACCGGACCGGCCGGCCGGCGUCGCCGCCGCGACGCUCACAACUAACUAGUCUGCGCGGGUGCGUGGCAGCGCGGCGACGGGGGCACUGGCCGCCGGUGUACUAACCGCGUCGCGCGGACGGACGCGUCCGGCGCGGCCCGCCGCCGGAGGGGGCUAGUCAGGCGGGCCGCUCGCGGCUGGUAGGUGUAGGGAGGUGCCGCACUCAGCGGCACGCGGGACCAUGCGGCGCCGGCAGCCGGCCGGCAGUAACCCACUGGUGCGCAGUGAACUAGUGUUGUAUUCUGUUCUUUCAUUACUUAGUAACGCACUAAAUAUUCCAUUCGUGAUCUACUUUGCCCAAUACACAAAUAAUAACUGGAA